CCCUCCCCUCCUCUCCCCCUCUCCCCAGCCUCCAAGAUAGAUUCCCUCAGGAUCAAGGUUGAUCUUCUGAAGCUCCCUCUGACCCUCUCCUCCAAGUCCAUCUCUCAGCGCAAGAGCCAGCAGGGCGGCGCCAGGGAGCCGGGGACGGGGGGAGGAGGGGCCCGCAAGCCCCGCCCAGCCGGCGGCCAGCGCCGGGACACAGACAUGGACACCGAGUCGCAGUACUCCGGCUACUCCUACAAGUCCUCCCACUCCCGCAGCUCCAGGAAGCACAGAGAGCGCAGGGAGAGACAUCGCUCUAAGAGUCGGGAUGGCAGCAGCAGCCGUGGAGACAAAUCUGUCACCAUCCAGGCACCGGGAGAGCCCCUGCUGGAUAACGAGUCCACCCGCGGGGACGACCGGGAUGAUAACUGGGGCGAGACCACUACAGUGGUGACAGGGACGUCGGAGCACAGCGUGUCGAACGAGGACCUGACACGGGUGUCGAAGGAGCUGGAGGAGGCGUCGCCGCUGGAGUGCCGGCGCUGGGUGGUGCCGGUGCUGAGCGCGUGCGUGGGCGUGUUCGCGCUGCUGACGCCGCUGGCCUUCCUGCUGCUGCCGCAGCUGCUGUGGCGGGAAGCCCUGGAGGCGUGCGGGACGCCCUGCGAGGGCCUGUACGUGUCGCUGGCCUUUAAGCUGCUGGUGCUGCUGCUGGCGUCCUGGGCGCUGUUCCUGCGGCCCCCCCGCGCCUCGCUGCCCCGCUUCUUCGUCUUCCGCUCGCUGCUCAUGGUGCUGGUCUUCCUCUUUGUCGCCUCUUACUGGCUGUUCUACGGCGUGCGGGUGCUGGAGCCGCGCGAGCGCGAUUACCGCGGCAUCGUGGAGUACGCCGCCUCGCUGGUGGACGCGCUGCUCUUCAUCCAGUACCUGGCGCUGGUUCUGCUGGAGAUCCGGCACCUGCAGCCCGCCUUCUGCCUCAAAGUGAUCCGCACCACCGACGGAGCCAGCCGCUUCUACAACAUCGGCCACCUCAGCAUUCAGAGGGCUGCGGUGUGGGUGCUGGAACAGUACUACAGUGAUUUCCCCGUCUAUAACCCGGCUCUGCUCAACCUGCCCAAAUCCAUCCUCUCCAAGAAAAUGUCUGGCUUCAAAGUGUACUCCCUGGGGGAGGAGAACAGCACCAAUAACUCCACGGCUCAGUCUCGCGCCAUGAUCGCAGCCGCUGCCCGCCGGCGAGACAACUCCCACAACGAGCUCUACUACGAGGAGGCCGAGCUGGACCGCAGGGUGCGCAAGCGCAGGGCCAGGCUGGUGGUGGCGGUAGAGGAGGCCUUCACGCAUAUAAAGCGGCUGCAGGACGACGAGGCGGCUGCCUCUUCCCCUAAGAACCCGCGGGAGGUGAUGGACCCGCGGGAGGCGGCGCAGGCUAUCUUUGCGCCCAUGGCCCGCGCCAUGCAGAAGUACCUGCGCAGCACGCGGCAGCAGCCGUAUCACAGCAUGGAGAGCAUCCUCACCCACCUGCAGUUCUGCAUCACGCACAACAUGACCCCCAAGGCCUUCCUGGAGCGGUACCUGGCUCCGGGCCCGACGCUGCAGUACCAGAAGGAGCACAGCAGGGGGCGAGAGUGGACGCUGGUGAGCGAGGAGCCGGUGACCUCCGCCCUGCGGCAGGGCCUGGUCUUCUCCCUCCGCCGCCUCGACUUCGCUCUGGUCGUCACGGUGACGGCCAUCCCCUUCCUGCGCCUGGGGGAGGAGUUCAUUGACCCUAAGAGCCACAAGUUUGUGAUGCGGCUGCAGUCAGAGACGUCUGUGUAGGGAGUGGUGUGAGAGCAACUAGCAGCUCUGUCAUCAGCACCCCAAAAACCCAAACCCACGCUACUCUCACCAAUACCCCCAAAUCUGACCUGUCACAUGACAUCAUACACACACACUGCACAGUCACCAUGGUAACAGACACACACACAGCCAUUCUGUUGGUCCCUUCAGACCUCAGCUCCCGUUCCUCUGACUGCAACACCAGCAUAUUGAUCAGCCAGGUGGGACAUCAUCAUAUUAACCAGUCGGGACCAUCAGCCCAUCGACCAAUCACUGAGCUGUUUUACCACAGCAGAGGGAGGGUCCGGUCAGUUUUGGAUCAGGGUGGGGGGUGUAAUGCAUUUUGUUUUUUGUUAGUAGACUGGUGUCUGUGUUUGAGUGUCUGCAGUGCGCUGGGGGACCAGUUCUCCCAUGGGACGUGGUGUGGAGCUGACACUCACUGCUGUGUGUGGGAGUUCCAGCUGCCCGCUGUUUCUGCCUUACCCAGCUCAGACCGGCCCGUCCGCACUCGCCGGCCUGUCGGGACGGUGUGCUCGGUUUCCACGUUUCCUGUGCCGUUUACUAAAUUGCCAAAAUGGAAGCAGGUGCUUCUGAACACAGCCUGCGGGGUCCUGACGCUUCGGAGUCCUCAAACGCAGCUGUGCGCUGACGCAGCGUUCUGCACACGUUUCCUAAACGUUCGAAAAUAAACUUGACCCAAUCUAAUGGGUGUCUCAAACAUGUGAGAAUAUGAUUAUAACGGUAUUGUGUACAUAACAAUAUCUGUAGACUUAAGUGUUAGUUUUGUUAGAUUUGAGUGUGUAAGAACCCUGUUUUUUCUGCAUGGAGCAUAUCCAUGUAAAUUUCCCUCUUCAACUUCCUGCCAAAUAAGGCUUAAUUUCAGCGCUGGUCACAUGACCAUUCUGCCUUGUCCAGCACAGGUCACAUGACGGCUCUGUACUCCCUCCAUGUCUGGGCAUGAGACUUCCAGAUCCAUGAAAGGGCUAGCCUCAUUCCUGCUCCAUGGGUCCUGUGACUCCCUCGACUGACAGAGCCGUGUUUCCUCCUGUGUUGAAUGUAAAAUUGUUUUGAUUGUCUUUGCAGAUCAUAACCAACAUUCAGAGGUUCGACCAAAACGCCACAAACUCUGCAGCAAACCAUGUAUCACUGAGGUCACCUUGAGUUGUGGCAGAUUGGUCUACAUGGAGUUGCUGCACGUAGGCUGGAUUAUAAUAUCAUGUGGAUUGGUCGGUAUACUCAUCUUGGUGAAUAGGUUGGGCCAUCUAGGUGCUAUAUAGAUCAAUGCAUCUGUUACUCGUGGACUCUGCUGACAUCAUGACCACAACAGCCAGUUUAGGGGGUUUAAGCCUUCUCUUCACUGAACAGGGAUCUGUCUUACAGCUGUCACCACCACAGUGGUACUAUUGAGCACUGAACCUGGGUCAGUGCCCCCCUUUGCUUUGAAACAGCUGGGGCAAGGAUCAGAGAUGGGUAAACUGAUCCUGGAUUGGCUGCUGUGGUCAUGAUGUCAGCAGAUUCCAUGAGUAGCACCUGCAAUGACCUGUACAGCACCUGGAUCGCCUUUAGUUAUGUAGCUGUGACAGGAGGUCAGGCUGGGUCCGGGUGUAAGGAUUGUAGCUUCUGCUUUCUGCCGAAGGUGUCUGUGCUUUUUGGCAGAUGUGAGCCACUGUAGUUUCCCCUUGUGUGAUGAAACAAAGAACUGAAUUGUUUUUGUAUAAAUACAGUAGGUUGUUCUAAAUAACAAAAUACAAAGCAAAAAAAAACAAAGUUGCGGUUUUGUCUAAUGGUUUUAAUGCAUGCACAUAG